CACCGCUGAUAUCCGAACAUCGUUCCACGAUUGCCGAUACCCCUCAACUGGCGUGUAUAGAGCGCUUGAAAGUCCCCGCAAGAAGCUCGUCCCGGAAUAUCGAUCAAUCCAUAGUGGUAAGAAGUCGAUGCUUGGUUUGUAGGGCCAAACUUGUAAAUCUGUUGACUCAGUCAUUCAGCUGGUUUAUCAGCGAUUUGCUUGGCAAUCUGGCGGAAUCUUCCCUUCUCCACCGAAACCCUCCGACGUAUCAACCCCACACCCUCCCCUUGAAAAUCCAACAGUCUCAAAAUGAACCUGUUUCGAAGAGCACAAGUUUCGAAAACGGCGCCCAAAGAUGCCAUCGUGAAGCUGAGGGAGAGCUUGGAGCAACUGGAGAAGCGCCAGAACCACUUGCAAAUGAAAGCUGAUACCCAGCUGAAGAUUGCAAAGGCAAACGUGACAAAAAAUAAGAAGGCUGCGCUGACUGCUCUAAAACACAAAAAGGCAUAUGAGGACCAGAUCAACAAGAUCUCAGGAUCGAGGAUGACACUCGAGCAGCAGAUGAUGGCUAUCGAGAAUGCAGCUGUGAACCUAGAAACCAUGAAUGCCAUGAAGGCAGGAGCGGACGCGAUGAAGCAGAUCCACGGACACUUAGAUAUCAACAAGGUCGACGGGACGAUGGACGACAUUCGAGAACAGAUGGACUUGGCGAACGAGAUCAGCGACGCAAUCUCGCAACCUGUGAACUUUGGUGUGGAGUUUGAUGAGGAUGAGCUGAACGAAGAGCUCGAACUGUUGGAGCAGGAAGACCUUGACGCCAGGCUACUGGAUAGCGCGGGCAUUUCAGACACGGGUUUGGGAGAUUUGGAGUCGGCUCCAGGGGUGCCCAACACGGUGCCAGCAAUUGCGCAACCGCCACGCCCGACCAGAGCAAAGCCAGUGCAAAACGACGACGAUGCAGAAUUAGAGGAAUUGCGGGCGUCAAUGGCUAUGUCUUAGAUAGUCUCCCAGCAACCAUCAACAAUGUUCCCAUCCUCCCAUACGCCAUUAGACGCAGCGUCCGAUAAUUUCGCCAAACUCCGUUGGCACUUCUGUCAUGUUCCUCUCGCUAGGCAAACUCUAUGUAUCUUUCCCGUCAUAUUUGCCCUUCUUCCCUGCCAGU